AUGCUCAUGGGCACCACUCCACGGGCGCCGCUCCACGGGCAGCACGAGGACCUGGGCCCUCAGGAUGGGAAGAGCCUGGAAGCAGAGCUGCCGUUGCUCCGGGAGAAGUGGCUGUGGAGCCGCCACGCCCACCGUGUCUCCUUCAGCAGCCUGACCGUGACCGCCGCUCGGACUCUACCAAAAUGUGACAAAGAGCCCCCCGCCCCCCUCAACCGCCGACUCGGGGCGUCCAAGGCCGAGCCCCCGCCCCCAUGCGGUUCCUGGAGUGGGAGUAACCAACGGGCCCUUCAAAAUGAAGUCAAACGUCACCCUCCGACUACCCCAGAUGCCGCCGCCCCACCCCCGCUGUGUCCCCUCGCUGCCCAUCGCUCGCUCCAGCCCCACUGGGCUCUAAGCGCAGGGCCCUGGCUGUCCCCCUGCGCCUCGUCCCCAGAGCACCCGGCACAGGUGCAGCAUCAGGUCCCCCUGUCCCCCAGCAUCAGGUCCCCCUGUUCCCCAGCAUCAGGUCCCCCUGUCCCCCAGCAUCAGGUCCCCCUGUUCCCCAGUGUCAGGCCCCCCUGUCCCCCCAGCGUCAGGUCCCCCUGCCCCCCAGCCUCAGCAUCAGGUCCCCCUGUCCCCCAGCGUCAGGUGCCCCUGUCCCCCAGCGUCAGGUCCCCCUGCCCCCAGCGUCAGCGUCAGGUCCCCCUGUCCCCCAGCGUCAGUUCCCCCUUUCCCCCCAGUUUCAGGUCCCCCUGUCCCCCCAGCAUCAAGUCCCCCUGUCCCCCAGCGUCAGGUCCCCCUGUCCCCAGCGUCAGGUCCCACUGUCCCCCCAGCGUCAGGUCCCCCUGUCCCCAGCGUCAGGUCCCCCUGCCCCCAGCGUCAGUGUCAGGUCCCCCUGUCCCCCAGCGUCAGGUCCCCCUGUUCCCCAGUGUCAGGUCCCCCUUUCCCCCCAGCCGUCAGUUCCCCCUGUCCCCCCAGCAUCAGGUCCCCCUGUCCCCCAGCAUCAGGUCCCCCUGUCCCCCCAGCAUCAGAUCCCUCUAUUCCCCAGUGUCAGCAUCAGGUCCCUCUGCUGCCCGUGGGGUAUGGGUGAGCCUGGUGCUGUCUCGUGGCACCUUGGAGCAGUGCCUCUCUAAGGAGAGGGAGAAGGUAGAAGAUGAAUGGCUGGAGGGACCUGGUAGCAAGGUGGGGCCUCAGAACCAGCCAGCAGCCUCCUCCCUCAGACCCUGA